AUCAGCUAGAGAUAUCUUGCCUUCUUUCCUACUCUCUCUAUCAUUAAUGUCUGAACCAGCUUGCGUUUUCAACAAUGGAUACGUCGACUACUAUGACUAUAGCUUCAACUAUUCCACUUCUCUCUCACGCAUCUACGACUCUCAUGGCAACUUCUACUACCCUCACCAUACCACUAGCCCAAACAUCAACACAAAUCAUAACCCUACUUCACCUGACUCUCCUCCACUUCGAGAAGCUCUCCCUCUCCUUAGCUUAAGCCCCAUUCAUAAGCAUCAAGAACCUAUUGCUCACCAUCAUGAGUACUAUUUCAUGGAGACGACGGCAGAAACUUCUUCUAAUUCAAAUUUUCUUGAUCACGAGCUUGAUCAUAAUGAAGUAACUGUGGAUCUUCAUCUAGGGUUACCAAACUUCGGUGAUGGUGGAAGCAGCAGCAGCGAUGUGGUCCUUGAUUCCACGGACGACCAAGAGCAUCAUGAUCAUCAAGAUCAAGGAGUAGAAUUUGCUCGUGCUUCUGAUCAUGAUGAUGGUCAUGGUGGCUUACAAAGGGGUAAUCAUCUUCAUCACUUUUGGAUCCCUACUCCUUCUCAGAUUCUGAUGGGUCCUACACAGUUCACUUGUCCUCUAUGCUUCAAGACCUUCAACAGAUAUAACAACAUGCAAAUGCACAUGUGGGGACAUGGGUCACAAUACAGAAAAGGACCGGAGUCGCUGAGAGGGACACAACCAACGGCGAUGCUGAAGCUGCCAUGCUACUGCUGUGCACCGGGGUGCAAGAACAACAUAGACCACCCAAGGGCAAGGCCGCUCAAGGACUUCCGUACGCUCCAGACACAUUACAAGCGGAAGCACGGUGUGAGGCCCUUUGCUUGUCGUAGAUGUGGGAAAGCUUUUGCGGUCAAAGGAGAUUGGAGGACGCACGAGAAGAACUGUGGGAAGCUAUGGUAUUGCUCAUGUGAGUCGGAUUUCAAGCACAAGAGGUCUCUUAAAGACCAUGUCAAGGCCUUCGGGAAUGGUCAUGUCCCUUGUUGUGGUAUUGAUCAUGAGGAAGAGGAUGCUGCUUCUGAUGUCGAACACCAAGAAUGAUCCGUCUUUGUUUUCUUCUUGUUGUACUGUCUUACGCAUUAAUAAUUUAUGGGAAUUAAUAUAU